AUGCCACCCAGCUGGCUCGCUUGGGCUGCUGAGGUGACUGAUGUCCCUAUCGUGCGUCUGUUGCCGUGGCGCCACACAGAGGUGAGCACGCCGUCCUGUGUCGGCCUACGCCACGACCUUGUGCUGCUUGGGCAGCCCAGUGGAGCAGUCCUCGUGUUCGAGCGGGCCAGCGGUAGUCUGCAUCGCGCGUUCCGGCUCGACGACAGCGGCGACGCAGUGACUGCGCUCACGGCCUCGUCGGACUUGCUGCUUGUGGGCCACUCAUCGGGUGCGGUGCGGCUUUGGAGUUUGUCCAGCGAGAAUGUCGGGGCCACUGCGGCGCUGCACGCCGUCGCUGACCUGCACUCCAGCCUGCACCGCGCGGCGGUCCGGCACGUCCGAUUUUUGCCAUCGUCCUCCUCGACUCUCGCGGUCAGCUGUGACGAGGCGGGCGUGGCGCAGCUCCUCGAGUAUGAGGGUCUGACCGCAUACGACGAGUGGAGCCUCCGCCGGCGACGCCUCCUCGACGGCUCCUCCGGUCCCAUCACAGCUGCUGAGGCGGCAACGCCCCCAGCAUUCCGGACAGCGGCGGCGGGCGCCGGGGUGCGCGCUGCCGCCAGUGGCUCUCGGGUCGACGCCAACGCCACCCUCCUCCUGGUCUGCACGCACCGCCUCUGCAUGGUGAUUCAGAUAACGCCGAUCGUGAGGCUGCUCCACCGGAGCGCCGACGAUGGCCGAGCAGGAGAGGGCCCCGCUUUCCGCCUCGCGGCGAGUGUGCCGCUCAGCUCGCCCGCCCGUGCGCUCUCGUGGCUCUGCUGCGGUGCGCUGCUGCUGCUGCAUCGCGACGGCUCGCUGCGCGUGUACGAGGAGGAGCCGGGCGAGGACGGUGGCAAAGCCGCCAUUCGGUUGCUCGAGGAGGUCCCCAGAGUGAGGGUCCGGGCUCACGUCGAGCUCUCGCACGGCGCUGUCGCCUUCGCCGCGGACGAAGAGAGCCUCGUGCUGCUCAACGUGCCGGCGGCCGGAGUCAGAGCCAGUGGUGCCGCCGAGAGUGAUAGCGACGGGCCAUCGCUGCUGCCGAACACGGCGCCCCUGCCGCUGAGGCCGCCAUUGCACCCAUGGCACGCGCCGCUGGUGGUACGGCUGCAGGCGUGGCGCGAGCAGGUGAGUGGUCUCUUGCGGCGCGGGAAGGGUCGGGCGGCGUUGGCCUCGCUACUCCGGAUGCUCGCGCACCACCGCUCGAGAGGUCUGCUCGAGCUGGCGGAGGAGGCAGGGAGUUUGUGCGAUGUGGUGUCGUCUACCGGCGUCUCGUUCCUCCGGGCAGAGGCGGCGGCCGUGGAUCCGGCGGCGGGGGAGCCGACCCCGCCGCACCUCGCCGAGGCUUGUGCAGUUGCGAUCGAGGCGGCUCUGUGCGCUGGCACCGGCCCAUUGCAUGAUUUGUUCCGCGGCGUCGCCGCCGAACCGAGCCCCCCGGGGUUGCCGCUGGCGCUCAUCGACGCGGCGGUGCCAUAUGCUCUGAGCGGGGCUUUGCCCGUCAGCGCCAUUGACGCCGCUGCUCGACAGCGCGAGAGCGCCGCCGCUCUCGAUCUUCUCCUCCGGGCGUUGCGCCUCGGCCUUGCAUCCCUGCACGGCGCUUCAUCGUCAGAGUCAGCAGAGGCGGCCGUGCAGGCGUUCGUGGCGUCCGCCGCCGACGUUUGCCAGCGGGGCAGUGACGGCAGCCUCGACGCGAUUGCGCGGACCGCCUCCGUCGCGGGCGCAUCGCUGGACGACUUUCGGUCCGCGCUGCUCGAGGCGCUCACUAUCUUGCGCGAUCAACAGGGGGUUCUCCUCGCGGCCACGGAGCUCCAGCAACACAGCUUGCUGGCGUCGAUGGAGUCACACCGGCAGCAAGUCGUGCGCGGCGCCAGCGGGUGGUGCUGCCCCUCCGGGGCGUUGGACUCGGAGGUCACGCCGAGCGCCAUCGUCAGCAAUGGCAGCAGCAGACCCAUUCCUAGGAAGACCAAGACGGUCCCUAGUAACGAAGCUGUCCUGCCUGCUUCCCCCGAGGUUGCAAAGCCCCUCAAUCUGCGAUGGUCUUGA